UUUCGCCGUUGUCGUCUGGCUACCAGGCGCGGUUGCUUGUCUCCCUGCUACGGCAACCCUGAAUGACGAUACUUGGCGAGAUUUCUGAUCAGGCCUACUAGCCUACGUCCCUACGUGUAGCGGCCGGCUCGGUGCGCGUCGUGUGUCUGUCAGAGUGCCACAAGAAGAACUGGCAUCGAACAGCGGCGUGGCCCAUAGCCGAACCUGCCGCUCGUCACUCUAACCCUCUCCCGGCCUUCGCCACAUCGUGCUGUCAGUGGUCCGGCGGAGGAGCAGCGUUCCCGCACGCAUUUCGGACAGCGGUCAUCGUCCAAGUGUUUACCAUGCCCCUGUGGAGGACCAUGACUGGCAGCUGAGCACUGCUUCCUCCCCCCUCCCUUUCCCUACAGCACUGGUGCGUCCUCAUCUCGCAGUGAAGCAUAGCCGGCACCACUGUGAAGCAUGCUGCUCUACAAACGGGAAUCGGGAGGCGCAGUUUAGGAGGCUGUAGCCGGAUGGACCCCCCCUAGCCAUGACUGCCCGAGGGAACCCCCAGCAGCAGCAGCAGCAGCAGCAGAGCAGUGGUGGAGUUGACCAGGAGCCACCCCCUGCCAGCAGCAGCAGCAGCAGCAACCAUGAGAUGCAGCAGCAGCAGGAGCAGCAGGAGCAGCAGGAGCAGCAGCAGCAGGAGCAGCAGCAGCAGCAGGAGCAGCAGCAGCAGCAGCAGCAGCAGCAGCAGCAGCAGCAGCAGCAGCAGCAGCAGCAGCAGCAGCAGCUUGCUGAGGAGCCCCCUGCGGAUGCCCCUCCUUCAGCAGUGGUGGAAGAGGAGGAGGAAGAAUUCCCGCUGGCGGAGCUGGCGCGCCUUGACGAGAUGAUCAAUCGGCCACGCUGGGUGGUUCCCGUGCUACCCAAGGGCGAGCUCGAGGUGCUACUCGAGGCUGCCAUCCGCCUCUGCAGGCAGGGGCGGGACGUGCUGAGUGAGCCGUGCCAGCGGUUCUUCCGCGAAGGCCUCACCAUCUCCUUCACCAAGAUCCUCACCGAUGAAGCAGUCAGUGGAUGGAAGUUCGAGAUACAUCGCUGCAUCAUGAAAAACUGUGAACGUCUGGUGGAGCUGUGCGUGGCCAAGCUGCAGCAGGACUGGUUCCCUCUGCUCGACCUGCUUGCCAUGGUGCUCAACCCGCACAACAAGUUCCACUCCUACAAUGGAACGCGGCCCUCUGACUCAGUGCCUCCAGGAUCCCAGAUUCCGGAUGACCAGGUGUUUGCCCGUCCUGUUGACACCAGAACGCCCAAGGGUUGGGUGGUGGAUCUGAUCAACCGCUUUGGCAACCUGGGCGGCUUCACCAUCCUGCUGGAACGGUUUCGCUCGGGACCCCCUCUGUCCGUGGCCGUCAUUGCGGCACUCAUCAGGCCGUUUGGGCUGUGCCACAGCCUGCUGACAGUGCCCACUGUGGAGCGGUACCUGAUGCCCAUCGUGUCGCUGGUGCCCGCCUUCCUGGAGCGCCUGUCAGAUGAGGAGCUCAAGCGUGAGGCCAAGAACGAGAGCAAGAAUGAUGCCCUGGCGGCCAUUGUGCGUGCCUUGCGCUCUCUUGCUGCCAUGGUGCCCCACCAGGAUGAGACUGUGCGAGCGCUCGAGAUGUUCCGCCUGCGCAUGAUCCUCAGGCUGCUGCAGAUCUCCUCAUUCAAUGGCAAGAUGAAUGCGCUCAACGAGGUGAACAAGGUGAUCGCCAAUGUGUCCUACUAUGCCCACCGGCACACUGACGAGGAGGAGUGGCUCACAGCUGAACGCAUGGCGGAAUGGAUCAAGGAGAACCGGGUACUGCAGAUUGUUUUGCGAGACAGCCUUCAUCAGCCACAGUAUGUGGAGAAGCUGGAAAAGAUAGUGCGCUUUGUGAUCAAGGAGAAGGCCCUGACUCUGGCUGACCUGGACGACCUGUGGGCGGCACAGCACGGCAAGCACGAGGCCAUUGUGCAGAACGUGCACGACCUGCUUGCCAAGCUGGCCUGGGACUUCUCGCCCGAGCAGCUGGACCAUUUGUUUGGCCGCUUCCAGGCUAGCUGGGCCAGCGCCGCCAAGCGCCAGCGGGAAAAGCUGCUCGAGCUUAUCCGCCGGCUGGCCGAAGACGACAAGGAGGGCCUCAUGGCUCACAAGGUGCUCCAGCUGCUGUGGAACCUGGCACACAGCCGCGAGGUGCCUACGGACACCAUGGAGCUCGCCCUGAGCUUCCACGUCAAGAUCCUCGACUACAGCUGCUCCCAGGACCGGGAUGCCCAAAAGACCCUCUGGCUUGACCGAUGUGUCCAGGAGCUGCGGCAAGACCCACAGUGGGCGCUGCCGGCGCUGCGGCACAUGCAGGAGGUGGCCGGCCUAUACUCGGAGGCCCCACUGGGGCCCGCUCGUGGCGGCAGCGGGGGCGGGCCGGCGCCUGGGGGCCAGGCCCUCUACCGGCAUGAGGUGAUCAACCGGCUGCAGCAACAGCACUCGCUCGUGGUGCUGGUGGCCGACGGGCUGUCGGCUUACAUGGCGCACGCGCGCCAGCUGCUGGCCGAGCGGCCCGACCCGGCGCAGGUGUACGGGGACAGCCGCUACAGCCACCUGCAGCAGGUGCAGGAGCGGCUCAGGUUCCUACGCUUCCUGCUCAAGGACGGUCAGCUGUGGCUCUGCGCGGCGCAGGCCAAGCAGAUCUGGCACUGCCUCGCCGAGAAUGCUGUGUACCCGACCGACCGGGAGGCCUGCUUUAAGUGGUUCUCCAAGCUGAUGGGCGAGGAACCCGACCUGGACCCCGAGAUCAACCAGGACUUCUUUGAGCAGAACGUACUGCAGCUGGACCCCGCGCUGCUUACAGAAAGCGGGUUGCGCUGCUUCGAGCGCUUCUUCCGUGCCGUCAACUGCCGCCAGGGGCGGCUGCUGCUGCGCCGGCGGACCCACCUGCUCGAGGACCCCGAGCUGAUGGGCGCCGACUACCUGUGGCGUGUGGUGCUGCAUGCACAAGAUUCCGUGGCCGACCGGGCCAUUGAGCUGCUGCGUGAAACAUACACCAACCUGGGGCCCCGGUUACAGGGCUCGCGCACCGAUAUUCACGAAGACAUGGUGCAAUCGUGCAUGGACCGACUCAAGGCGGCCUACGACACGGUGUGUGCCCUCGGUGCGGGGGAAGGGGCUGCCCGCGAGAGUGCCACCCGCAUGGUGCGCGUGCUGCGAGUGCUCUCCGAGUAUGUGGCCCAGUGUGACGGGGACUUCCCCCACGACCGAGCUAUCCUACCCAUGGCCAGGGCUCACCGUGGAAGGCAGGUUGUGCUGACAGUGCGCUUUCCAAGCCAGGGACGACAGGUGGAAGACCUGGAGAUCAUUGCCCACACAAAUGAUACAUUGGGUGCGAUUCGACGGCAGAUCUACACCAGGGUGAAGGUGAACAAUGCAAGUAUGAAGCUGGACCUGUUCCUCAACACUGAGCUAUUGGACCCAGCCGACGACAAGAAACUCAUUGGACAACUGCCCAUCAAGGACAAAGCGGUGCUCUCAGCCAAGCUGAGCCAGCUGAACGCACAGCUGCCGUCCUCACCCGAAUCCAGCUCAGACAGCUCGGCAGGUUCACCCCAGCACCAAUACGAGGGGCCACAUGCUGAUGCCGAGGCCUGCCUGCCUGGGGUGUUGAUGUCAAAGCAGCCCCGCUACACCAACUUCCUGUUCAAGCUUGCAGACCUGGGCAGCACGCUGCCAAUGGCCGAGCUGAGGGACAGCGCCCUAGGUCUGCUCAAGCUGCUGCCCGCAGAUGUGCAGACGGUGGAGCGGCUGCGCGAGCUGUGUGAGCAGCACCGUGGAGAAGGCGACCCGUCAGGGGCUGCGCUGGAGGCUCUGCUGCACACUCUGUCGCCCACCGAGCUGCUCUACCACCUCGAGGUGGCCUACUCGCUGCUGCUGCCAGCCCUGGCACCUUGCUCCAAGGAAGCACAAGAGUUCCAGGCAGGCUUCGUGCGCGCGGGAGGCGUCGCCGUGGUGCUGCGCAUGCUGAGCGGCCUUAACCGCCCGGACCCCGCCUGCAGGGGGGGUGGUUCGCUGUUGCUUCUGAAGCUUAGCAAGCUCCUGCUGACAGUGGUGGGCCACUGCCUGGCCCAGCAGGCACCCGAGGGUCUGACCCAGGCCCUCAAGCACGUGCCUAGCAUGGGGCCCGAGGGCACCCUGCACUCAGUCGGCAUGCGACUGGCAACCCUGCUUCGGCACCAGGCCCUCCACCUCCCAGACCUGGGCACCAUACAGGCCGUCCUCAGGUUGGCAUGGGACUCAGCUGGACUGCCAGCCCCAGAGGAGGGCAGUGCUUCCAAUCAGGCGGCCGAUGAAGAGCUGUGCCAGGAGGCCCUGGAAACACUGACGCUGGCACUGAGCCUGCAGCCCUCGGCCCUGUCACAGCUGCUGGUGGACCCCGACUGGUCACGCUUUGUGCUCGACCUGCUGCUGCACUGCCCACACAGGUCCAUACGUCAGUGUGCAGCUGACCAGCUGUGCCUGAUUGCAACCAAGUGCACUGCAAGCCAGCACUGCCUGCUGUCCCUGGUGGAGCUGCUUUUUGUUCAGCUGCCUCGCCUGGAGGAUCUUGCGGAGAGCAGCCAAGAGCUGUUUGGGCUGCUGUGUCGUCUGCUGGGUGCUGCCUGCCGGUGCCCACUACCUGCCCUGCAGCAGCUGCUUGCAGAUGAGAUCGGAUGGCUCAAGCACAUCAGGGAGAAGGUGCAGCAGACAGGCGGCCUGUCGGAUGCCGAGGAGUCCCUGCUCGAGGGUCACCUAGGCGUCGCACGUGAGCUGGUGUCGCUCCUGUCACCAGCCAACAAGCACCACAUAGGCUCAGACUCUGGCAACACUGUCCACGGGAACCUGGUCAAGGAGCUGCUGGAGGACUUUGCCUUCCCGGCGUCCCGGGUGGAGGCCCAGUUGCGAGGUGGCGCCGGCGACGGGGGUGGCACGGCGGCAGUGGCCGUGUGCCCCGGGCCGGACGCCCUGCGUGCGGCCCUCGACCUGCUGGUGGCGCUGUGCACCCAGAGCCCCGAGAACCUGGCCGCCUGCGCUGCGCUCCUGUCGGACAUGUUCUACGCCGACCAGCCGCCGCUGCAGGAGUGGGAGUACCUGCCCCCAGUGGGACCCAGGCCCCGAGGAGGGUUCGUGGGCCUCAAGAAUGCUGGUGCCACCUGCUACAUGAACUCGGUGCUGCAACAGCUUUACAUGAUCGAAAGCAUCCGCGAGGGCAUCCUGGCUGUUGAAGGGGCAGCCACUGACCCAAACGAGGACUUUUCGGGAGAGGAGCGGCCUGACCACGAGGAGGCAGCCGUGCGUCCCUGCGAGGAAGGCCGGGAGGAGCACCGCCGCGACUACCACCUGGGUGUGCUCAAACAGGUGCAGGCAGUGUUUGGGCACCUGGCAGCAUCGCAGCUGCAGUACUAUGUUCCACGUGGAUUCUGGCGCCACUUCAAGCUGUGGGGUGAACCGGUGAACCUACGGGAACAGCAUGACGCGCUCGAGUUUUUCAACUCUCUGGUGGACUCGCUGGACGAGGCCCUUAAGGCGCUUGGUGCCCCGUGCCUGCUGGCCAAGGCCCUGGGGGGCACCUUUGCCGACCAGAAAAUCUGUCGCGGCUGCCCACACCGGUACUCACGAGAGGAGUCCUUCACCACCCUCAACAUUGACAUUCGCAACCACAGCAACCUGCUCGACUCGCUCGAACAGUAUGUCAAGGGGGACCUCCUAGAAGGGGCCAAUGCCUACCACUGCGACAAGUGCAACAAAAAGGUGGACACGGUCAAGCGGCUGUGCAUCAAGCGCCUGCCCCCGAUCCUGGCCAUCCAGCUGAAGCGUUUCGACUAUGACUGGGAGCGUGAGUGUGCCAUCAAGUUCAACGACUACUUUGAGUUUCCCCGGGAGCUGGACAUGGAGCCAUACACGGUGCGGGGCCUGGCCCGACUCGAGGGGGAGCUCAUGGACGAGGAGGCGGCCGAUAGUGAACUGGGCACCACCCGCUACCGGCUGACGGGCAUUGUGGUGCACAGUGGACAGGCCUCUGGGGGCCACUACUACUCCUACAUCUACACCAGGCCCGCCAAUACGGGUGCCUGCCGGUGGUACAAGUUUGAUGAUGGCGAAGUGUCCGAGUGCCGCAUGGAGGAGGAAGAGGAGAUGAAGAACCAAUGCUUUGGGGGCGAGUACAUGGGUGAGGUGUUUGACCACAUGCUGAAGCGCAUGUCCUACCGGCGACAGAAGCGCUGGUGGAAUGCCUACAUCCUGUUCUACCAGCGGGCGCCCCUGGCUGAUUCCAUGGCGGCCCUCAGCAUACAGCCCAAGGUGGCUGCUGUGCCCCCCCGAAUGCCAGCGGCCAUUGAGCGCAGUGUGUGGCGACAGAACAUCAAGUUCCUGCACACCCGCAACCAGUUCAGCCCUGAGUACUUCCAGUUCACCAAGAAGCUGGUCAGCUGCAACGCACCCUUUGUCACACUGGCGCCUGACCAGGACAGGCUGACGCCCGAAGCUGAGGAGCUGGCCCUGGUGAGCGUGCAGCUGGCUUCCAGGUUCCUCUUCCAGACGGCGUUCCACACCAAGAAAACACUCAGGGGUUCUGCCUCAGACUGGUACGAGGUGCUGUGCGUGCACCUGCGGCAUUCUCGCAAUGUGCGGCUCUGGUUUGCAAACCAGGUGCUGUUUGCACACCCUCAUCGGCUGGCCGAGUACUUGCUUGAGUGCCCCACUACAGAGGUGCGCAGUGCCUUUGCCAAGAUCGUGGUGUUCCUGGCGCACGCCUCCGCGAGGGACGGCCCUUACACGCCACUCUGCCCUUCCAUCUCGACAAACAUUGAUGGGGCAGGCCUGCUGUCGAACCCAAGUGCUGCCAGUCUGUCGGACCACCUGCUGGUGGCUGUACUGUCACUUGUCAACAAGGAGGUGUCAGAACAUGGCCGUCACCUGGCCCAGUACUUUGGCUUCUUCUACAUGUACGCCUGCUACGGAGUCGCCGAGAGGUUGCAGCUGCUGCGUUUGAACGUGCUGGGCACGCUGAUGCUGGUUGCACUAGACGAGGGGCCAGGCCCACCCAUCAAGUACCAGUAUGCCGACCUGAGCAAACUGUACCAGCUGGUCUCCCUGCUGGUGCGCUGCUGCGAUGUCUCCUCCAAGACACACUCCUGCCUGCCCAAUGCAGCACCCCUGCCCAAUCCACACAUGGGCGACCAGCUGUGCCAGGAGUACCUGAUGCCCGUCCAGCCCCAGGUGGUGGCAUGCCUCUACAACAAGAGCAGCUACGUGAAGAAGGUCAUCGAGGACGCGAGCGGUGCCGAGGACACGCUCAGGCUGCUCCAGUUCUGCUCAUGGGAGAACCCGCAGUUCUCGUCGGCCGUGCUGGGCGAGCUGCUGUGGCAGGUGGCGUACACGUACACGUACGAGCUGCGGCCCUUCGUCGACCUGCUGCUUGGGGUGCUGCUGCUCGAGGACUCGUGGCAGGUGCACCGCAUCCACAAUGCGUUGCGGGGCCUCCCCGACGACCGGGAGGGCCUCUUCGACACCAUCCAGCGCUCCAAGAGCCACUACCAAAAGCGGGCCUACCAGUGCAUCAAGUGCCUGGUGGCACUGUUUGACUCGUGCCCCGCGGCCGCCCACAUGCUGCACGCCAAUGGCGAGCUCAAGCGCAAGUGGGCCGCCGCCGUCGACUGGCUCAACGACGAGCUCGAGCGGCGCCCUUACGGAGCUGGCAGCCAAUAUGGCUACAGCCAGUGGUCGCCACCAGCCCAGUCCAACGAGACAUCUAAUGGCUACUUUUUGGAACGAUCUCACAGUGCCCGACUGACAUUGUCGCGUGCCAUACAGCUUUGCCCUGAAGAGGAGCCCGAAGAGGCUGAAUUGCCCGAAGAGGCACCAGCCUUCGCGCCGCCCAGCAGCACCCUGCGCUACCAAGCCGAGGAGCAGCCGCCACCAAGCAAGGAGGAGCAGCCCCACAGGACCGAUGAUGCCUGACUGUUCUGGUGUACAAACUAUUGUGCUGUGAAAGUUUAGCCUCAUGUGAUAGAGCGAUAAAGGCUCGUGCCAUGCUUGGCUUGCCUUCUAUUCGCCUGUUUUUCGUCUUGUUUCUGAAUAAAAUGACACAAAUUGUUAUUAA